AUGCUCACGCAGCUGGUGGAAGAGAACAAGGAAAUAAAAAGUCAGAUCACAAAGCUGACAGAAGCUUUAACCGUUCAAGAGCGCGGUAGAUUUCCAUCACAAGCCCAGUCCAAUAUGAGAGGACAAAACAUGGCUCAAACUUCCAACUCUGAAGGUCAAAAUAUCAAGGAAGUUAACGUCAUCACUACUCGAAGUGGUAAGAAUUCAGACACGUCAUCAACAAGUACUACCACUUUGAGUAAUGAAGAAUCGGCCCAGGAGAAAGAAGAGCUAACAAAAAUUCCGGUAAAGGUGCCCUUCCCCCAGGCUCUCCGACCAGCUGGGAAAGUGCCGGAAAAUCAAAGUGAGAGCCUGGAGCACUUGACACAAUUAAAGAUCAAUCUUCCUUUACUACAUGUGAUCAAGCAAGUGCCAGCCUACGCCAAGGUUAUAAAGGAUCUGUGCACUAUAAAGAGAAAGCACCAUGUCAAGAAGACUGCAUUCUUGACGGAACAAGUGAGCGCGGUGAUUGAGCAAAAGACACCACUCAAGUAUAAAGAUCUUGGUUGUCCCACCAUUUCCUGCACCAUUGGGACACGCGAAUUUGGCCAAGCAUUGUUAGACCUAGGAUCGAGUGUUAACCUCAUGCCUUAUUUAGUUUACUCGCAAUUAGGUCUCAGAGAUAUUAAGCCCACAUCUGUGGUUCUGCAACUGGCCGAUCGAUCUAUUAAGAGACCACGAGGAAUAGUGGAAGAUGUGUUAUUGCAAGUUGAUAAGUUCUACUAUCCUGUGGAUUUUGUUGUUUUGGACACUCAGUCAGUGGUUGAUGUGGAGUCAAAAAUCCCGAUCAUCCUUGGAAGAAAUUGA